AUGAAAGCAGGUAGAACAAGGCUCUACUGCAAUAAUUGUGAAGAAGAAGAAUCGGAAGGUGAUGAGCAAGAUUCUGAGGGGCAGGAGAUCGAAAAAAUUCUCAAGGACAUUCAAAAUAAAGUGAACGCAAUUCCGAGCUUAAAAAAGCAAUUAAAUGCAAUAACAGCUAGCAUGGCCCUUCUAUCAGAAAAGUAUGACUCGUUAUUGGCGCAACAAGAAGAAGAUAAAAAGAAAAUAAAUAGCCUCGAUAAGUCAUUUAUAAGUAUAAACAACAAGUGCGUGUAUUUAGAAAAAUGCAACAUGGCGCUUGAACAAAAAAUGCUAGAAUUUGAGCAGGCGUCACGUAAACUCAAUAUUGAAAUAGUUGGACUGGAGCAGCUCCCCGACGAAAACAUUAACGAGGUUGUGAAAAAACUAGCAGAUACCCUGGAGGUCAGCAGCGAGAAUAUCGAGUGGGCGAGUCGUCGACACCAGCGUAAACAGUCCAACAGGCCGGCCCCUAUUGUAGUUGGCUUUAAGAACACCGGAGGCGCCGCCGCCACUCGUAACUUGUGGCUUGCUAAACGCAAUAAACUGAUAGAAUUAAAUAGUAGUAUAAUUACCGGAGGAUCACAAAAGCAUAAAAUAUACAUAAACGAAGAUCUCACAAAAACCACUCGGAUGUUGUUAUGGAAUACCAAGACUCAACUUAAAGCUGUAUACAAGUAUAUCUGGGUCGUCAAUGGCAAGAUACUGGUUAAGAAGGCAGAAGGAGACAAAUCAGUGUGGAUUAGAUCUGAAGAAGAUAUUCGCGAAUUAACCAAGAAAGACAAUAUAGUGUAA